AUGGACGUGAAUAAAGUUGGAGACAAAAUCAAACAGGAUUUCAAUAUUAAAGAAGAAUCCGAAGUUGCUGUAGAACUCGAGGAGGGACUCAACAGUGGCGACGAGAACAUGGAAAACGCGCAAAGCUCUCAGGGAGAGACGAGGUCGUUCUCUUUUCCAACCAAUUUCGAGAUGUUUGAUGCCACAAAGGGAACGUGGUCAAGAUGGCUGAUGAGGUUGGAAGGAAGCCUCGAGUGCUUCGAGAUCGCAAAUGAGAAGAAAAAGAGAAGUGUAAUUAUGCACUAUAUGGGACAAUCAGCAUACAAUAAACUAUGUGACAGGAUUCUUCCACGAACUCCAAGGGAUUUGACAUACAAUGAAAUUGUGUCAGAAUUAAAGGAAUGCUUUGACCUAACACCAAACGAAAUUGUGGAGAUUUUUGGAUUCCAAAAAAGGGAGCAGCAGGAAGGGGAAAGCUGCGAUGAAUUUUUGGCAGCUUUGAGGAAACUUUCCACACACUGCAAUUUUGGCUGCUCAUCUUGUGAUCAUCUAAAAAAAUCCAUUCGCAAUCAAUUCGUUAUGGGAAUACGCAACAAAUCCAUUCAGAAGAGACUGCUGGAGAAGAGGGAUCUUACUCUAGAGAUGGCUGUGGACAUAGCUAAGGCCAUGGAGGCAUCAGAGAAAGGAGAAGCAGCUCUAAAAAUGACACCGAAAGAAGGAGGUGAAGUUUUGAAGCUGGAUAUCAAGGAACAAGAGCGCCCCCAACGCAGUACAAUAGAUGACGGCAAGGCAGCCCCCUCAAAGAAGUGUUUCCGGUGUGGCGUGAGUACACAUUUCGCCCAUGAAUGCAUUCAUAAGGAUAAAACUUGCUAUUUGUGUAGUAAGACAGGCCAUUUGGCACGGAGUUGCCUGGGAAAAGGGGGGGAAAAGAAGAAAGCUGUUCAAGAAAAAGAGAGAAUGAAUAAAGUAGAGGAUUUACUAUAUUCCGAUGGUAGGGCCGUAGAUAAAAUUUUGCUAGACGUUCAAGUGGAGGGGAAAAUUUUGGCUUUCGAGAUUGAUAGUGGAUCUCCUAUUUCUGUGAUUAGCAUGCAUGACAGAGAUAAAUAUUUUCCUCGGGCGGAAAUUUUUGCUACUAAGAGAAAUUUUGUUGGAUUUAAUGGCUCAAAGAUUGCCAUUGUGGGCUUCAUCAGAGUCUCUGUGGUGGUUCAAGGGCGCGAAUUGCGAGGCAUGCAUCUCUAUGUGGCAGAGGAGUCCUCAAGGUAUCCUCUACUGGGCAGGGAAUGGUCUCGACGAAUGCACUGGUUGAAUUGGAACAAUAUAAUGUCGGUUAAUAAAAUUCAAGAAAUGCAAAUUUCCAAGAAGAUAGAGGAUGCUAUUGAAGAGUUAAAGGUCAAAUUCAGCAAAGUUUUCGAAGAUUCUUUGGGAAAAAUUGUGGGUAUUGAGGCUGAAUUAAAAUUGAAAGAAGAUGCGACGCCUGUUUUUCUUAAGGCUAGGCCCAUUCCACUCGCGAAGAAACAAGCUAUCGAAGAUGAAAUUGAUAAGCUGGAAAAAUGCGGGGCAUAUGUGAAGGUUAAUCAGAGUAAGUGGGCAACUCCUCUCGUGGCGAUUCCGAAGGCAUCUGGGGCGGUAAGGCUUUGCGGGGAUUACAGCGUCACAGUGAACCCAAAUUUGAUUAUAGAUAGUCAUCCGCUGCCGACAGUGGAAGAACUUUUUUCGGAUAUGGCAGGGGGAGAGAGGUUCUCCAAGCUCGACUUGUCUCAAGCAUACAUGCAAUUAGAGCUCCGGGAGCAAGAUAGGGACGUGUUGACGUUAAACACUCAUAAGGGAUUGUAUCAGCCGACCCGAUUGAUGUUCGGAGUUGCGUCGGCUGUUGUUAUCUGGCAACGCGUCAUGGAAACAAUGCUGCAAGACAUUCCUGGCGUUAAAGUGUUUCUAGAUGACAUUAGAGUCACUGGAAAAGAUGAUGAGGAACAUUUGACGCGACUAACUGAAGUUCUUAAAAGACUGGACGAACGAAAUAUGCGAGUAAAUUUUGAGAAAUGCGAGUUCUUUGCUGAAAAGAUCAAUUACUGUGGCUAUGUGAUCGAUAAAGAAGGAAUACAUAAGGACCCCAAGAAGAUUGAGGCUCUUCAGAACAUGCCAAGGCCAAAGAAUAAGGAUGAAGUUAGGGCGUACAUGGGGUUUGUGCAGUAUUAUGGGAGAUUUUUUUCGAAUCUUAGUACAAAAAUGAAUCCGAUCACCAAUUUGCUAAAACAGGAUGGUCUCCUAAAGUGGGAUGACAAGUGUGAAGAAGCUUUCCAAUCCAUUAAAGAAGAAAUGAGCAGUGAGACGUUUUUAGCCCAUUACGAUCCAUCGAAGAUCUUGGUUCUAGCGGUAGAUGCAAGCCCUGUUGGAGUCGGGGCCUGCCUCAGUCAUAGGUAUGAAGACAAGACUGAGAAACCACUAUUUUACGCCUCACAGACGUUGACAGAUACACAGAAACGGUAUACCCAGAUUGACAAAGAGGCAUAUGCCAUCAUUUACGGGAUAAAAAAGUUUUAUUCGUAUUUGUAUGGUAGGGAUUUCGUUCUUAUUACGGACAAUAAACCGGUUUCGCAGAUAAUGAACCCAAACAAGGGAAUUCCUCAGUACACUGCUUUGAGGAUGCAGCAUUAUGCUGCCUUUUUAAAAGGUUUCAAUUUCACAAUUGAGCAUAGAUCCACAAAAUUGCAUGGAAAUGCGGAUGGUUUGUCCAGAUUGCCAUUGCCAGUAAAAUCGCAAUUCGAAACUGAUGAUCCUGAAGUUGCCCAGAUUAAUUUAAUAGAAACGCUUCCAGUGACCUGUAAAGAGAUUAUACAGGAAUUGGAGCAAGAGAUGGAAGUUAAGAUUUUGCUGGAGGGAUUGCGAUCGGGAAAGAGAGUGUCUAAGGAACACAGUUUUGGCAUUAAUCAAGAGGAAUUUUCGCUGAAGCAAGAUUGCUUAGUUAGGGGCCUUAGAACGUAUAUUCCGCGGAAGUUAAGAAGCAAGGUUUUGCAAGAAUUGCAUGAGAGUCAUGUGGGAACGAGCAAAAUGAAACAGCUAGCAAGAGCAUAUUGUUGGUGGCCUUCGCUUGAUAGAGAUAUAGAGGAUCUCGUUCACAAUUGCACACCCUGUCAAGAAAAUCGAGCUAACCCACCAAAGGUAGAAAUUCAUCCAUGGGAAGAAGCAAGCAAGCCUUUCCAGCGUGUACACGCUGAUUUUGCAGGUCCUAUUCACGGAAAAUGGCUUUUAAUCGUGGUAGACAGUUUUUCUAAGUGGCCGGAGGUAGCUGUAGUUUCGGAUAUUACGUCAGGGACAACGAUUAGAGAAUUGCGAAAAGUUUUUGCAACUCAUGGACUUCCGGAACAGUUAGUCACAGAUCAGGGACGGCAAUUCGUUAGUUGGGAGUUCCAACAGUUUUGUAAGAAUAACGGAAUUGUUCAUAAGAUGGGCGCGGCAUAUCACCCUGCCACUAAUGGUCAGGCCGAGCGAUAUGUUAGAACUAUUAAGGAAAAAUUGGCCAUUUUGAAAGAUGCGGAUAGGGACGAUUUGGAGCAAAAAUUAUCGUCAAUAUUGCUUAAUUAUAGGCGAACCCCCCACAGUGCCACAGGAAUAUCGCCAAGUGAGAAGUUGUUUGGCAGACAGAUUCGUUCUAGACUUGAUUUUAUUUUACCAGGGGAAGAGAGGAGUGGCGAAAGAGAGAGAAAGUCUCUGCGGAGUAGACAGUUAAAUGCGGGAGAGAGAGUUGGAGCAAGGAAUUACAGAGAGGGUGGAAAGAAAUGGAUGUUUGGAACGGUUACGAAAAGAUUGGGUUUAUUGCAUUAUAUUGUAAACAUGGACAAUGGGACUGUCUGGAAAAGGCAUAUAGAUCAAUUGAGAAAAGUAGGAAGUAGAGUAGGAACCGGGAACACAUUUAAUGAUGAUGAGAACUAUUGGGAAGCUUCCGAUAAUCAAAGAAGUGCAUUCGAAGAGACCACCACCGACAGUUCCCAUAAUGAUGAAGAAGAAUUUGAGGAUGCUCUUGACGAUAUUCCUCACCAGACAGAAAAUGAUUUGCAGGCCGGAGCGACCGCGCCACAGCCCCACUGGGUAUCUGAGGGAAGACCAAAACGUACUAUAAGGCCGCCAGAUCGUCUGAAUCUCUAA